AUGGAUCCCAGGAAGCCUAUCAAUUUUGAGGUCAAAAGGUCAAAGGUCAAGGUCACUGACAGGUUUUCACCUUACCCUGCUGCAGUCCUUAGUGUUGCUACUGCAGUUGCUCAGGUGUACUUCUAUGAGAACGGCUGGAACAAGAAAUACUGCGGCGUGACCAGCUUUGUGAAAGACAACGAGAAGCGAUCAUAUUUCAUUAGAAUUUUUGACCUGCAAAGUGGACGGAUGUUAUGGGAACAGGAACUCUAUAAUCAGUUUAAAUAUGAUACUCCGGAGUCUUUCUUUCAUAUGUUUGCCACAGACCAUUGUUGGGCCGGGUUGAACUUUGCAGAUGAGGUUGAGGCCAGUGGUUUUAAGCGGGUGAUUAAUGACAAGAUCCAACGUAGACAGCAAAGGAGACAAGAAAAAAGACGUCCUGCCCCAUCCACACCAAAUCCAGCUCCUACACCUCAGAAUGUACAGGCGCCCUCACAUGCAACCCAACCAGGCGGUCCCCAGUCAAGCGCAAACUCAAAACGCAGAGCCUCUAGCUCAAGCAAAGAUGACAAGAAAAAAGACAAGUCUGGAGGAAGAAAGAAACUCACAAAAGCUGAUAUAGGUCUGCCUUCUGGUUUCAAACAUGUCAGCCAUGUGGGAUGGGAUCCUGAAAAGGGUUUCAAUGUUGAUGAGAUGGACCCCCAAGUCAAGGGUUGGUUUAACACCAUUGGUGUGUCUGAUGAUCAGCUCAAGGAUCAGAACACUGCCAAAUUUAUCAGGAAUUUCAUUGAUCAACAUGGAGGUCUCGAUGCUCUCAAGGAAGAUGCUGAGAGAUUAGGAGAAGAAGACUUUAUACAAAGCUUGGGUGGUAAUCCUAUGGCAGCAUUAGGAGGUGGGAGAGCCAGCAGCGCACCACCUCCUCCUCCACCAUCACGAGGAAGCCAUAUACCCCCUCCACCACCCCCAUCGAGAACCCCUGGUCCACCUCUUCCAAACCGGCCUCCUGCACCACCCCCUCCAGGGAACACAAGAGGUCCACCACCUCCUGCCCCACCCCCAUCUAGAGGUUAUCCAUCUGCCCCACCCACAUCCCGUGGUCUUCCCCCUCCCCCUCCUCCACAGUCGCAAUACAAUGCUCCUCCUGCUCCACCCCCAACAAGACCCAUGACUUCUGCUCCCCCUCCCCCACCACCUCCCCCAUCGGCACCAAUGCCACCUCCAAUGAAUGGAUCAGCACCCCCUCCUCCACCCCCUCCCCCAAGUGCUCCCAUGGGUGGUAGUGGUGGUGGUAGUGCAGGGCGUGGUGGACUCCUCGAUCAGAUACAACAGGGUACGACUCUAAAGAAAGUUGAUCCAUCAGAGAACCCUAAACCGGCACCAACUGGACGUGGUGCACUAUUAGAUCAAAUCAGAGGUGGUUACAACCUCAAGAAGGUCACACAAGCAGAGAAAGAGGAAUCUCCUGUGUCUACACCAAACACUGGAUUAGGAGCUGCUCUCUUUCAAGCACUACAAUUUAGGGCUAAUGCUAUACAAGAUGAACCUGAUGGAUCUGAUAGUGAAGAGUUUGAUGAAGAUGAAUGGGAUGAGGAUUAGAAACCAACCAACUACUCUAAGGAUGAUGAGGAGAAGGAGGAGGGUUCAACAAUGAGAGAGUGACAUUUGUCUCAUGAAGAAUUGCAAUCUGUGUAGUGAGAAUUUCACCCUAAAUGGAAAACUGUUUUGUAAGAAAAAGGGAAAAUCAAGAUUGAACAAAGUUAGUUAAAGAAUAAAAAGAAUGUUAAUCUUUACAACUUGUUAAAAGUUGUAAUCAAUAAAAUGUUUCAAAUUAGCCACAUGGUUAUUGUUUCAAAUCAGAGUGAUGGAGGGUAGGGACAAGUCUUUCAUUUACUCCAAUAUUAAGAAUGAUAUGUUUGCUAUGAUGAUAUAUAACAAUAUGCAGUGUAUGUUAUAUUUUGAUUUGUGCCCCAUGGAAAAAUGUGGUUGUGAAAAACAAUUAAUUCCUGAUAAUUAAGUACACAAAAAAUCACAAAUUGAUUCCUUCUGUUUUUCAAAAUAUACCAACAAAUUUGCCAAUUUUUAAGCUUAACUUUUUUUUCCUUGCCUGAUUUCUUUCAACGUUUCUUCAUUCUCUUUUUCUAGUUUUCUCUAUGUACACAAUUUUUUUUUUUUGUAGGUCGGAUUCCAAUACAUAGAGUCUUGUAUCUCUGCAUCUCGAAACAGUUUUGUAAAUUGUUGUGAUUAAUUCAAAUUGAUUCCAAAUGGUUGACUCAAAUUGAUUUAAAAUCUAUAUUCUAAGAUUGCAUGUAUUCACAAAAUUCUGUCUCUUUCAGUCAGAAAUACUAUUUAAAUGAAGUUCUUAAGGAACCAUGUUGAAUAGUCAGUGCUUUGUCUUUUUCCUGCAAGGAUCACAUGAAUGACUUUUCAUUUCCAAUUCUCACAUUUCAUCAUGGACAAAAUGAUUUGGAAUGCAGAAAGACCGGUAUAAAAAGAUGCAUAACACCUUCAUUCAGAGCUGCCAAAUAGUCCGGAUUUUCCGUACUUAGUUCUGAAAAAUGAGAAGAAUACUGAUGGUUUCAUGCCAAAUAUUGAUAUUUAAAGUUUCCGUCUUAUGUGGUGUCCUAUGGUAUUUCUUUGAAAAUACUGAUUUCCUCACCAAAAUACUGAUCUGGGGUUGCAUAAAGAAAAUUUGUCACAUAGUGUUGACAAGGUACCUUAGGUAAAUCAAUCACACCUGUUUAGAUUCUUCACAUCAAACCAGUCGUUAGGUAUACAGCAAUAACAUUCAUUUAUACAAGUUGAUUAAUCAAAUUAUCAUUACAAAUAUUUGGUUUAAAUUAUGUUAAUAUUCAAUGUGCUUGAGAUGCUGGCCAUUCUUUAUCAACUCAAUGUGGAGGGGGGUCACAAGAUGAAGAGUGUUUCAAUUUGAAAAGCAAAUCAUCAAUAUGUCUCUUCAUCUUUUUUUAAUCAAGAUAUUAGAUACCUUUUUUCUUUUCUAUGAAUCAUCUUCCAGUAUUUAAAGGCCUUUUUGUAUAGAUGAAUCCUAUGUGCCUGUAGUUUUCAUGGUUAAUUAUUUGUAUUGUAAAUCGAAAAUCCAAAGAUUAGGCCAUAAACUUAGAUAAGUUACACUGAAUAUAUGAGCUGUAAGUAGUCAUCCUUUUUUUUUUUCAUAAAGGUUUUAUUGAUUUUGACAGAUUGUUAUUAUGCAGGUUGCAAUUUGAGAAUACCUCCAUGGGAAUAUCAAAUCAUUCUUUUAUCUAUUUAGUUUCCAAAUGUAAAAUUUGUUCAAAUAACCAUUUCUGGAAAUUAUGAUGCUGUUUAUAUUUAUAUUUUGUAAACACACAGUAAUAUCAAUAAGACAAACAUUGAUAUAUUCAUAAUUGAGGUAGGUUGAUGCAAGUUACUUCAUUCAGUUUUUACAUUGUCUUGUCUUAAAACUGGAAUGAAAGGAGUAUAACACAGAUUCUGAGAAAGAAUCCUAAUGAAACUCAGAAUUGCCACAGACUGAUAUUUAUCUGAAUUAAAAAAAAAAUUAUAUUGAUUUUGCCUAUGAUAUUGCAAGCUUUCAGCCUAUUGUAAAGAAAUGUUGAAUGAUUCUUAAUACCAAGUACAAAAAGAUUUAUAAUAGAUUAGAAAUUGACAAAAAAAAACAGAUUCUAACCCAAUAAUUAGAUGCGCUCACAAAUGUGACCAGUCAUGGCUCUGAUAUAAAGAUGGUUUAUCAAAUAGUAAGGAUCCACAUCAAUUUUUUGAUAUUUCAUAGUCAUCAUUAUAAUUACUCUUCCCAUUACUGUUUGAAAGGUACCUGGUGGGUGUGAGUUUUAUUAAUGAUUUUUUCGGUGUGUAAUAUUUGUGUACUGUUCUGCUUUUUCUUUCUCAUAUUUCAUCACAGUUUAUCUUAAUUUUUAUGUGGUAGCUAAAACUAUGAUAUUGUCACUGUUCCAAUGAAGGAGUGAGUCUUCAUUACCUAGUGUAGAAUUUUUCAUAUCUAAAAAAUCCAACAGUAUAAUGAAAGGUCUUUUUUCUGAUAUACUUCCUCGAUAGUGGAGGUGUUGUAUUUCAAUAACAAUAUUUUUGUCUGUCAUACAGUAUUGAUAUUUAUAGAGUAGAAAUUACAUUCUGAGAGAUGUUUAUGAAAUGCUAUAAAUUUAUUUUUUUCAACACCUAUAAGAUUAUCAAAAAUAUAUAUACAUGUCAUUUUACACUAGGAGAUUUUCUCACACAGUCUUAUCACUCAGAUGUGCUCAACUUUGUGUAUAAUUUGUUUUGUUUUAUGUUAAAUGUUUGUAGUUUACCAGUUGCAUAAAUCACAUUAUAUUAUUCUUAUACAUAUAAUGCAUCAUAUUCUAAAUUUCAUCAGCUUCUUAGCUUCCUCACAUUUUAAAUGAGAUGGAUGCAUGGUUCAUGAACUUGUUACCAGGUCUUUCAUAUUAUGUUUUGUGUUUUAAUUUUCCUUGAUACAUAUUUGUUCAUCUUUGUCCAUUAUUCCAGCAGUUUUGAUUAUAGAAAAUACUUUGGAAGGCAUUAUCAACCAUAUUAUGUAAGGAAUAGAUAGUAUGUGAAGAGAAAAGAUGGAAAUACAUGGUAUAUAGCUACACCUUAAACCCAUGCAAAAUAUUCAUCUCUAGCUUAUAGAACAGUUAUCAUUAAUGUAUAAAUUUAAGUCCCUCACAUUUUGUCAUAGACUAGAAAAAUGGGAAAUGUGGGAAAGACACUAGCGCCCUCAUAAUGGGAUCCUACUGAAUUAUGUGGUAUAAACCUAUGGUAAGAUACCUAUUGAGGGAACAUAUCCUUUGCUUUAUCCUAUAUCCCGUCCUUUAAUUGACUGAUUUUCUGGCACCUUUGACGUUUUGCAUAUGUUGUGCAUAACUAAACACUUGUCCCCAUCAGACCUGCAAAAAUUUGUUCUACACAUUGUUCCAUCACUUAUUCUGCACAGCAUUGUGCAAACUUGCAUUUAUAGCAAAAUAAUAACUUUUCCCUAGUGCAGGAUCUAAGAAAAUAACUAUUAGCAUAUUGAACCUUAUUUAUCAGGCUUGCUUGUGACAUAGUUGCAGAAAAUAUGUAAAGAAUGAUUGUGAUAACAUUUUCUGUCAUUUUGACGGAUUGUAAUAUUUCAAAAUAUGUGAAGGACAAACAUAUGUUAACUACUUACUGAACCAUUAAAAUAUUACAGUGUCCAGAGAAUUGUAAAUGGGUUAAAUAAUAGAGGAUCAAUAUGAUAUUAGCCCUUAAAAUACACAUAAACAGAAUUGAUAUUAUCAUCCAUCACAAAUCUCUUAAAUUACCCUUAUAGUUUUGCACUAUUUGCUCACUCAUGUAUGACUUCGUGGAUCAGUUCAAUUCUUUAUUCUAGAAAUGGAUUUCAAAAAUAUAUUAAGAAAGAGGAGUUACUUUGUUAUGGUCAAAAUAAAAUAUAUGCCUUUGAUGUAUUUGGAUAUUAGUUUGGGAUUUUAUUAUUAAAGGUCAAGUCCACCCCAGGAAAAUGCUGACUUGAAUAAAUAGAGAAAAAUCAAACUAGCAUAGUGCUGAAAAUUUCAUCAAAAUCGGUUGUAAAAUAAGAAAUUUAUGACAUUUUAAAGAUUCCCUUAUUUUCACAAAACGCUUUGAUACUUGGUAUCAUAUUAUUACCCCGGCUGUAGCUAAGCUGCCAUAUUAAUAGGCGCUAAAGCGUUCAAGGAAUAAAUCCUACCGGGUACCCAUUCACCUCACCUGGGUCGAGUGCAGCACAAUGUGGAUGAAUUUCUUGCCGAAGGAAAUUACGCCAUGGCUGGAAUUCAAACCCACGACCCUCUGUUUCAAAGUCGGGAGACUUAUGUAUCAAUGAUUGAAAAUUUAAUUUAGUUUGUAUGUUCGAAAUAUUGCACACAAAGGCUAAAGAAGAGCAAAGAAUGACAUCCUGUCUAUUUCAAGUGUGUUUUAACUUGAACCCAAUAUUCAAACUCUUUGGUGUAACUAUGGAUACCAGUAGUCAAGUGUUACACAAACACUGUAAUGACACUUGGAGUCCUUAACUCUAAAAUGUUCGUAUUUAUAUUUUGUUAAACAGCACAGUCAGUGGAGGAAAAAAAUAAUGAAUGAUGAAGUUGAUAUCCACAUUCAGUAAUAUGAACAAUAGGAAAUAGAAAACCAAGAAUCAGAUGGAUACCCGCACCCACCCCCCCCCCCCCCCUCCUAGCUUGAUUUUGAGCCUGGAAAGGGUAAAAAUUUCUUGGGUUAUAGGGAAAGAUACGUGAAAUUUGACAUGCUUGAUUCUAGAUAGACUUGAAUUCUUCCUGUCCUUAUGGAAAUAAUAUCUUUGGUUUUUUUUUUUUUUUUUUUAUCAACCAUUCCAUAGUCAAUCUUGGAAACCUUAAUUUUAUUUUAUGAGCAGUACCCAUUGUUAUGGAAUGUGCAGAACAUUGUUUUAUUGUUGUAUUUAAGUGAUAAUGUGGGCCAUGAUUAUAUCAUGUAAUUUUCUUGUGAAUACAUGUAUAAAAGAGAAGGUGCCUGCAGGUUGAAUACAUGUAACAAAUUAUGUACCAAGAAGUCAUAAUUCUUUUGAAUAAUAAUUAUUGAUGAAAUUCUAUGAAGGCACUUUUAUUAGAAUGUAUGCUGUUGAAACAUAAAUAUUAAAUACAAGUUUAUUAGAAAUUA